AUGUCGACUAAUCUGGAGAAUUCUCGGGCCCGUCCUUUACAAUCAAAGACGCAACGCCCACUAGCAUGUUUGCAAUGUCAGCAGCGAAAGGUGAAGUGUGAUCGCAAGUCUCCAUGUAUAAACUGCAUCAAGCACCAGAGACAGUGUAUACCAACGUCGCAGACUCGUCCAAGAAAGCGUCGGUUCCCAGAGCGGGAGCUUCUCGAUCAGCUUCGCAAAUACGAGCAUCUCCUUAGGCAGAAUAAUGUCAGCUUCGACCCUCUUCAUACCAGUCAAAUUGUCGAAGAGAGCAAGGCAUCUGAUUCAGAAGGCCCGGAGAUUGGAGAGACUAUUUCUUCGCCUCCAUUGCCUGAGAAGUCGGACAGCACAUAUCAAGCCAAGAGUUUUUGGCACGCUAUGAGCCAUGGGAUAAAACCUCUCAAUAAUGGCGGUCCGCCUAAAAAUUACUGGGGCCAAAUUUUCAAAAGCGAUGAUCAUAUCAUGCUUAGCUCCGGUAAUCCAGAUAUCGAACUCGCCACCCUCCAUCCUGAACCUGUUCAGAUCUUUAAGCUCUGGCAAAUAUACCUGGACAACGUCAAUCCAUUAUUCAAGGUUACACAUACGCCAAGCCUCCAGGGGCGGAUCAUUGAGGCUGCAAGUGAUCUUCUAAAUACGCAGCCUCCGUUGGCGGCUCUCAUGUUCGGCAUCUACUGCAUUUCCAUCUUCAGCCUCGCUCCCGAGGACUGUGAGACUAUCUUCAGCUUGUCGAAAGAAGAUCUUUUGUCAAAGUAUCAGUUUGCCUGUCAACUAGCUCUCUCGAAGUCCUCAUUUUUGCGGAGUGAAGAUCGUGACUGCUUGACCGCAUUUUACCUUUUUUUGGUUUCCCUCAGCUUUAAUACCGACCCUCGAUCUAUAUCAUCUAUGCUUGGUAUUGCGACCCGCAAUGCGCAACGCAUGGGAAUUCACAACGAAUCAGUUCUGGCCAGAAGUACUGUUUUUGAAGCUGAGAUGCGCCGAAGACUUUGGUGGUCGCUUCUAUUCUUUGAGGCUCGUAUGAGCGAGUUGGAUGAUUCCCAGACCAUGACAUAUAAUCCUACCUGGGACAUCAAGAUUCCACUAAAUGUGAACGACUCGGAGCUGUGGGUUGAAAUGAAGGAAUUGCCGAGAGCCCAAGGCAAAGCUACUGAGGCGCUUUUUGCUGUGGUGCGAAGUAAAGUCGGAGACUUCAUUCGGAACACGCCCUUCUUUCUUGAUUUCACCAAUCCAGCUUUCAAAGGUAUUGCCAAGAAUGGUCUGGGAAAGGACUUGGCUGCUCUUGAAAGGAGUCUGGAAGAAGAUUAUUUCCAGUUCUGUAAUCCUGCCAACCCACUUCACUAUAUGACAAUGUGGAAUACGCGCGGUCAAAUUGCGAGAUAUCAUCUGAUGGAAAUCUAUUCCAAAAACCUGAGCUCUUCGCAGCAAGCAAGUGAGAAAGCUGACGCUGUGAUAUUGCAUGCCAUCCGAUUCCUUGAGUGUGACACGAAAAUUAUGUCUUCAUCUCUUACAAAAAGUUACAGAUGGUUACUUCAUCUUUACUUCCCGUUCCCAGCGUACAUCUCAAUCGUCCAAAUUUUUACUAGGUAUCCUACAAGUCAGUACAACGCACAGGCUUGGGAAGCCAUGGAUGCAAAUUAUGAGGCCCGAUUCGGCUCUCUCACCUCAAUUAACGGACCCCUUUUCAGCAUGUUCUCUGGGGUCAUCUUGCAAGGCUGGAAGGCUGUCGAAAUAGCUAUAAAACAAUCUGGAGGCUCUGCAGCUCCUCCAAAACUUGUUGCCACUAUCAGACAACGGUUGACGGAGGCGUCGUCUAAUAUCCCAUCUGAGCAAAUCAACGACCUGGAUUUUGUUCCUAAUCAUCCCCUUAUUCCUAUGCUAGCAGAUGAUAAUCUACUCUCAAGCCUGGAUUGGUCAAAUGGAUUUACGACUUCAGAACCAAUGGGUUUCCCUAGCAUAGCCGAUCAUCCGAUGCUCCCUUUUGAUACUCAUCAUUCAAAUUGGGUUUCCAUGGUCUGGAGCUUGCAUGGCAGGACCUAG